AUGCUACCUUAUAAAAAUUUGCGAGAGGUUCUCCAAAAACAUGGAAUCGACAAUGACGAAGUGCGUAGUAUACCAGUGUUUUUUCCUAAUUAUGAAAAUGAAAAAAAUUAUAAGGAAGUAUUUGAAGAUUGUGUAAAGGAAAUAAAGGCUAGAUUGUCAGCGAUUGGCAAUGUGGGUGAUCAGAAUGAAGCACAGCGAAGCCACUUUAUUACGUCGAUAUUAGUCUCAGCAGUAAAUUCAGUUCCAAACACCAUCCUUCGAUCACAGUUUGAGAUUAUUGGAGAUGUAUCUUCCGGCAGGGUAGAUUACGCAAUAAAGAAAAUUUAUCCGCAAUUAACAGGUAGUGGAUUUGAAGAAAUUAUCUGCGUCACUGAAGCGAAACAAAUUGAUAUAAAAGUAGGCGUUGCUCAAAACUUAAUGCAACUUGAAGGUUCGUUAGAUUCAAACAAAAACAAAAAGCGUAAGCUUGAUGAGUUGUAUCCAGAUCAGGCGUAUUCAGAAUAUGUUUACGGAAUCGUAUCAACCGGCACUGAUUGGUAUUUUUUGAAGCAUACUCCUGAUCAAAUUUUCUGUAGUCAAGCAUCCGAUUAUAUACCUUUGGUAACAACACAGUUAAAUAAUGAUGAGGAUUUGAGGAAGGGAAUUAAAACGGUCCUUGGCAAAAUCAUUUGGAUGUUAAAGGAUCGAGAUCGAACAAACAAGAAACAGCGCACAUAA